UUCGGCCCCUCGAACUUCUCUCCUCGUCGUCUUCCUUCUCCCUCUAUCUCUCCCCUUCUCUUCGCCCACUACUCCGGCGGCGGAGCUCUAGGGUUUCUGUCGGAAUCCGAGCUGGAAUUGCAGGGUCUCUCCCCCGAGCGGAGGGGCUUCGCGGCCGUCCGGAGUUUGGCGGUUGUUUCGCCGUCCGUUCUACGAGAAUAAGAAAGAGCCGACGAAGAGGAGGACAGAAUCUUCAAUUUUGCCCCUCUUUCUCGCUCUCGGAAAUUCUGCACUCGAUCAAGUGAAAGAAAACGUCUGUUUCUCGCGGAUUACGGUACGGAGGGGGUUUCUUGCAGAGAAAAGAUGCAAAUUUUACCACCUUUUCCGCUUCGCGCUUUUUGUCUAGGCGUUCGGGCUUCCAAGGGGUUUCUUUAGCCAAGGCCUGAGCCUCCGCUUCUGGGUGGAGCUUUCUUUUUGUGGAGGUGAUGAGAGCCGAAUUGCGAAAGAGGAAGAUAGAUUUUUUUAAUAAUUCUAUUUACCUUUCAUAGAGGAGCGAGAGAGUCCAUUUAAAAAUACUCACUGUGAGAGAAAGAGGUGAGGCUGGGUUGGGUUCUGGGGAUCUGAGCUGUCCUGGAGGAAGGAAGGAGCCUGCUCGAAGAAGAAAGAAGCCAAGAAGAAGAGAAGAAUAUUUUGAAGGGAAGCAGACCUCGAAGUGUCUCUAUUCUGAGAUUUCGCAGAUGGAGAGAUUGGGUGUUAUAGGGAUUUGAGCUGUUCAGGAUAAAAGAAGGGAUGCAGCCCUCCGGUUGAAAAAUAAGGAAGGAAGCUGGUCAAAAAAAUAAGGUCAUUUUUUUUUUCGGCUUCCAAGGGAAAGGGCUCGUUCUGUUAAAAAUCUUCUUCCCCUUAGAGAGGUUCGAGUUCUGGCGACGGGAGCUGCUUUGGAGAAAGUAAGGGAGCCCAGUCCGAAAAGAAAAGAAAGUAGUAGGAUUAUCUGACCAGAAAAGUCUCCAGAACAUGAAGAGGUGCUUGUGACACCAAUGGAUCCCCAAGCAUUUGUCAGACUGUCAAUCGCGUCCCUGGGACUGAGAAUCCCAAUGGAAGCUUCAAAGGCUCUGCGAGGGGUAAUACAUGCAUCUUCUCAAUGCUUGUGUGAGAUCCGCCUCCGAGGCUUCCCUGUUCAGACAGCAUCAGUCCCUGUAAUAUCCACCCCUGAAGCCAGUCCUGAUCUGCAUGGCAAUGCUACAAUCUUUUAUCUUGAAAAGUCUGAUGUCAAGGCGUUGAUGGCCCCAGGAUGUUUCCAACCACCUCAAGCAUACCUUGAAAUCGUGGUCUUCAUGGGGAGGCAAGGGUCCCAUUGCGGUGUCACCAGCAGGAAGCAGCAGAUCGGGACAUUCAGGGUGGAGGUAGGGCCUGAGUGGGGCGAAGGGAAGCCAGCAUUGCUUCACAAUGGGUGGAUUGGCAUUGGGAAGAACAAACAAGAUGCAGGCAAACCAGGACCCGAGCUGCAUUUAAGGGUGAAGCUGGAUCCAGAUCCAAGAUAUGUUUUCCAGUUCCAAGAUGAGACUGCAUUGAGUCCGCAAAUAGUGCAGCUUCAGGGAACUAUUAAGCAGCCCAUAUUCAGUUGCAAGUUUAGCCGAGACAGGCGGGCAUCUCAGCUUGACACAGUGGGCAACAACUGGUUGAGUUCCAAUUGUGAAGAUCAAGAUGCUGACAGGAGGGAGAGGAAAGGUUGGAAAAUAAUGAUUCAUGACCUCUCUGGCUCAGCUGUUGCUGCUGCUUUCAUGGCAACACCAUUUGUUCCCUCAAUGGGCUGCGACCGAGUUGCCCGCUCCAACCCUGGUGCUUGGCUCAUCCUGCGUCCUGACGCUGCGGGUUCCUCUGGCUGGCAUCCAUGGGGUCGGCUUGAGGCAUGGCGAGAGACUGGGUCCCGUGACUCUGUGUGCCUCCGCCUUCACCUGCUUCCUGAAGGCCAGGAAGCUGGUGUCCUAGUUUCAGAAGCACUGAUCAGUAGCGAAAAGGGAGGGGAGUUUUACAUAGAUAUGGACAGGCAGACUCCAGUAGGGACUCCAGUGCCGAGCUCACAAGGCGGCACAGGGUACUUCACAACAUCCCUGGCAGGAUUGAUGGCCGGUGGGUUUGUGAUGAACUGCAGGGUGCAGGGUGAAGGGAAGAUCAGCAAGCCAUCGGUGCAGCUUGCCAUGCGGCAUGUGACAUGUGUGGAAGAUGCUGCUAUCUUCAUGGCUCUUGCAGCUGCAGUGGACCUGAGCAUCAAGGCAUGCAGGCCAUUCAGGAGGAAUGCCAGGAAAGGGUUUCGCCAUUCUUUCCUAACAUGACAAGGAUAGCGACUACUGGGAGUUCUACACAUGGAAAUUAUUGUACUCCAUGGUUGCUUUGUAUCCCUUUAAUUGUUAGAUUGCUUUAAUCACAGCUUACUUUUGGGGUUCGGCUGUUUGACUGUCAUCAGGCCUCUCUGUUUUGAGUUCGAUGUCAGGCAUCUGUGCUUGUGUAACUCCUUUGUGAAUAUAAUGGUUCUUCUCUCUCUC